AUGCGGCCGGACCGCAAACAACCCCUCACAAGCGCAACGCCGCUCCCCAACCCCCGACCCAAGUCCCAAUCCCGCGCCAGCAAGCGCAUGGCCCGCGACAUGACGCCCCGGCAAAGCAUGGGCAUGGGCUUCUGGCCCUCCGCCGCCGAAGAAAUCCCGCUUGAACCAACAAUGCCCAUGCGCAUGACGCGGCGGUCCCUCUUCUUCAUGUCGGAGUGGGCGGACUCGCGCGAGGAGCUGCCGAUGCCCAUGGACGCGGGCGCGGGCGCAAUGCGCCUGAAUCGCGGGAGCAUGCUGCUGCUCGGCGACAAACACGUAGACAAAGAUAAGGAGAAGGAGGUGCUCGAUGCGCAGAUCGCGAUGCCCACGCCGCAGGUCGGGUACUUUAAGAUCUACUCGUAUGCGACCGGGUGGGAUUUGGUGCUGCUUAUUGUGGGCGCGUGCUGUGCUGUUGCGGGGGGUGCGGCGUUGCCGCUUUUUACGGUGUUCUUCGGAAACAUCACGUCGACGUUCCGCGAGGUCGCGGCGUACCAGAUGAGCUACGAUGACUUCUACCACACGCUCACCAAGAACGUCUUCUACUUCCUGUACCUGGGCAUCGGCGAGUUCCUGACCAUCGGCACGGCAACGUUCGCCUUCGUGCACACGGGGAACUCGGUGACGCAGAAGAUCAGAGUGCGCUACCUGCAGGCCAUCCUGCAGCAGAACAUCGCCUUCUUCGACUCGCUGGGCGCCGGCGAAAUCACAACCCGGAUCUCAGGCGACAUGCAUCUGAUCCAGGACGGGAUCUCCGAGAAAGCCUCGCUCGUCUUAACGGGUGUCGCCUCCUUCGUGACGGCCUUCGUCAUCGCGUUCGUCAAGUACUGGAAGCUGGCACUCAUCUCGACAAGCACCCUCGGCGCCCUCCUGCUCAUCAUGGGCGCCGGGUCGACCGUGUCCGUCAUCUACUCCAAGCGCAGCAUCGAAUGCUACGGGCGCGGCGGCAGCAUCGCAGACAACGUGCUCAACUCCAUCCGCACGGUCGCAGCGUUCGGCGCCCAGGAAGCCCUCGCCCGCAAAUACGACACGCACCUCCGCGAGGCAGAGAAGUACGGGCGCAUCGUGCAGAUGACCUUCGCGCUCGUCAUCGCCGGGAUCUUAGGGGUUAUGUACCUGAACUACGGCCUGGGCCUGUGGAUGGGCAGCCGCUUCCUGGUCGAGGACUCGGAGAAUGUCCAGCCCGGCGAUAUCCUGACCAUCAUGAUGAGCAUCAUCCUGGGCUCGUAUGCCCUCGGCAACGUGGCUCCAAACAUCCAGGCCUUCAGCGACGCCGUGGCAGCGGCAACCAAGAUCCUGGGCACGAUUGAGCGCCAGUCCCCGCUCAACGCCAUGUCCAGCGAGGGCAACAAGCUGCCCAGCGUGCGCGGCGAGAUCCGCCUGCGCAACAUCCGCCACGCGUAUCCCUCUCGUCCGGAAGUGACUGUAAUGGACCAAUUCAACCUGCGCAUUCCAGCAGGCAAAACAACAGCCUUUGUUGGCCCCUCCGGCUCCGGAAAGAGCACGAUCAUCGGCCUCCUCGAGCGCUUCUACAACCCGGUCGCCGGAACCGUCAUGCUAGACGGGCACGACAUCGAGACGCUCAACCUGCAGUGGCUGCGCCAGCAAAUCAGCCUCGUCGGGCAGGAACCGCAGCUCUUCACAGCCAGCAUCUACGAGAACAUCAAGUACGGGCUGAUCGGGUCGGAGUUUGAAAAGGAGAGCGAGUGUGCGAUCCGCGCGCGCGUCGUCAGGGCCGCCAGUAUCGCGGACGCGCACGAUUUCGUCAGCGCCCUGCCGGCCGGGUACGAGACGAACAUCGGCUCUUGUGCGUUGUCCGGUGGCCAGAAGCAGCGGAUUGCGAUUGCACGGGCGAUUGUCAAGGAGCCGAAGAUUUUAUUGCUUGAUGAGGCGACGAGUGCGCUGGAUACGAAGAGUGAGGGACUCGUUCAGGCGGCGCUUGACCGUGCGGCUGAAGGACGCACGACGAUCGUCAUUGCGCACCGCUUGUCGACGAUCAAGAACGCGCAUAAUAUUGUCGUCAUGAAGGCUGGCAAGAUCGCGGAGCAGGGGACGCACGGGCAGCUGCUGGAGAAGCAGGGCGUGUAUGCGAGUCUGGUGCAGGCGCAGAGCAUCAAGGACGCCGGGGUGGAAGACGGGUACGACAAGGAGCUCGCGACGCUGUGGAUCGACGAGGAGGACUCGGAUCUCAGCGACGACGACUCGGAGAUGCAGGCGCGCCUGUGGAAGCGCGCGAGCAUGUUCCCCGGCAUGGCGAAGCCGAAGCCGCAGCACUUUUCGCUGUGGACGCUCAUCGGCUUCAUUGCCAAGUUCAACAAGCGCGAGAAGUACAUCAUGGGCUUGGGUCUGGUGCUCUCGCUCUUUGCUGGGUGUGUGCAGCCCGCGCAGUCGGUGCUCCUGGCCAAGGCUGUCAAUGCCAUUUCCACGCCCAUCAGCCAGCCCGACAAGCUGCGGCACGACACGAACUUCUGGGCCUCCAUGUUCCUCAUGACGGGGCUGGUCACUAUCUUCCUGUUUGGGUCUCAGGGCAGCUUAUUCGCGUUCAGCGCGGAGAAGCUUGUGCGUCGGGCACGAAGCAAGACGUUCCGCGUCCUCCUCGGCCAGGACAUCACCUUCUUCGACGAGGAGGAGAACACCCCCGGCACCCUGACCUCCAUGCUGGCCACCGACAUCAAGAACCUCGCCGGCAUCAGCGGCGCAACCCUAGGCACCCUGCUCAUCGUCACAGUCAACCUCUUCGGCUCAUUAAUAGUCGCCCACGCCCUAGGCUGGAAGCUCGCGCUCGUCUGCUCCUCCGCCGUCCCCCUCCUCCUCCUCUCCGGCUUCCUGCGAACCUGGAUCCUCAGCCGCUUCCAAGCGCGCGGCCGCACCGUGUACCAGAAAUCCGCCAGCGACGUCAGCGAGGCCGUCACCGCCAUCCGCACCGUCGUCUCCCUAACAAUGGAGCAAGUCAUCCUGGACGCCUACAAGGCGCAGACAGCGCAGCAAGUCCGCGCCGACAUCCCCACCGUCCUGCGCUCCAGCUUCCUGUACGCCUGCUCCGAGGCCCUGCAGUUCUUCUGCAUGGCCCUGGGCUUCUGGUACGGCGGCACCCUCCUCGGACACCACGAGUACAGCAUCUUCCAUUUCUACGUGUGCUUCAGCGAGGUGAUCUUCGGCGCGCAGGCCGCCGGCAGCGUCUUCUCCUACGCACCUGGCAUGUCCAAGGCGAAGCACGCAGCCGGCGAGCUGAAGGCACUGUACUCCCGCAAACCGCGCAUCCACGGGCGCAAUGUGAUCGGGAACUCGCGCCCUGCAGCGCGGAACGUCCUCCCCGUCCCGCCCUCACUCAAGGGUGCCAUCGAGUUCAGGAACGUCUACUUCCGCUACCCCACCCGCAUGAGCGUCCCCGUGUUAUCGGGUCUCAACCUGGACAUCAGGCCCGGCCAGUUCGUGGCCUUCGUGGGUGCUUCCGGCUGCGGCAAGUCCACGACCAUUGCGCUCCUCGAGCGCUUCUAUAACCCUCUCCCUGGGAGCGGGGGGAUCUUCGUUGAUGGACGCGAUAUCUCAACCCUCGAUCUGCAGGGUUAUCGCCGCCAGCUGGCGUUUGUGGGGCAGGAGCCGGCGCUGUUUCAGGGGACCAUUAAGGAGAAUAUCCUCCUUGGUAUGAGGGAUGGCGAGGUCGACGAUGACGCCAUCAUCAAGGCGUGUCGCGAUGCGAAUAUCUAUGAUUUCAUUAUUUCGUUGCCACAAGCCUUCAACACCGAAGUAGGAAGCAAAGGAGGCAUGCUCUCAGGAGGCCAGAAGCAGCGUAUCGCGAUUGCACGCGCAUUGCUCCGAAACCCGCGCAUCUUGUUGCUCGACGAAGCGACCUCCGCGCUGGACAGCGAGAGCGAGCGCGUCGUGCAAGCGGCGCUGGAUAACGCGGCGAAGGGCCGGACGACGCUUGCGGUGGCGCAUCGGCUGAGCACGAUCCAGCGCGCGGAUGUCAUUUAUGUGCUUGCGAACGGGAAGGUGGUGGAGAUGGGGGCUCAUGAGGAGUUGUUGAGGAGGAGAGGGCAUUAUUUUGAUUUGGUGAAUUUGCAGAGUUUGGGGUAG